AUGACUAAGUCUGAAGCAACGAAGCCGGCCGGUGACCUGCAGGCUAAAGUGACGGGCGUAAAAAAGCUCUUGGCGCACUUCAAGAAGAAACUCACAAGCGUCAAGAAACAGCACAAAGAGGCCGAGAAGGCCCUCAAGAAAGUGCAAAAGCAAGCCAAGCAAGCACAGAAAAAGAUGGGUGGCGAUGACAAGAGCGACGACGACGACAGCGAUGAUGCCGAGGAAGGCGAUGCCGGAAGCGACAUGAUGGGUGCCGAGGCCGAAGAUGGCGAUGGUGCCGAAGAGCUUGCUAGUUAG